AAAUUCUGGCUUUACAAGAUUCCAUAGAGUAACCAAACACAUAUACCAUCAGACGACUGGGCUGGACCAAGAAGAAAUCCAGUAGCACACUAGACACUAGCAGUAACGCCAAGAAAGAAUGGCGUGCUGCACCACCACCAGCCGUCUCGUCCUCUCGGCGGCCGCCGCCCUGCUCGCCGUGGCCGGCGGCGCCGCGGAAGCCCCGAGCUACUGCGCGCCGGGGCAGGCCAUCCCGUACCGUCCGCUGUCCGGCUGCACCUGGUACGUUGCGAGCCGGAGCUGCGACGUGAUCGAGGCCAUGCUCCCGAACCGGGCCGUCCUCAAGGAGACGUGCUGCAGCCAGCUGCGGGACAUCCCGGCGGAGUGCCGGUGCCGGGCGCUGCGGGUGAUGAUGGAGACGCCCCUCGUCGUGGGCGCGGAGCCGGGGGCCCAGCAGAGGUGCCGGGUCGCGCAGGCCCGCUUCGCCCCCGCCCUCGUCGCCGCGGCCGAGUGCGGCUUGCUCACCGCCCACGGCAGGCGCUUCUGCAACGCGCUCGACGCCGAGUGAUGCGGUGACCAUGGUGAUGAUACUGCUCCCCGUACCGUGCGUGGUCGAAUAAGAAGGGCGUAUAUUAUUCAUGGAUCUAUACUAAUCUAUUAAGAUUCUAAUA